AUGGGUACUGAAAACAGCUCCCUAAGCAGAAACGGAAUAAAACUCAGACCUUUAUCCUUUAUUACAGAAAGCAUAAGUGCAGAGGUGACAACCGCCACAUCAACACCCACAACGUCCUCUGCCAGCUCCUCCACUCUGAAAACAAUUGAGUCCACAAAGUCGACUCAACAGACCACAACCUCCCAGACCACAGAAACUGAGGGGACAACCACCACAUCAACACCAACAGCCUCCUCUGCCAGCUCCUCUACUCUGACAACAGCUGAAUCCACAACCCCUACUGAACAGACAACAACCUCCCAGACCACAGAAAUUCAGGGGACAAGCACCACACCAACACCAACAGCAUCUUCUGCCAGCUCCUCCACUCUGACUACAGCUGAAUCCACAACCCCUACUCAACAGACAACAACUUCCCAGACCACAGAAAAUGAGGGGACAACCACCACAGCAACACCAACAGCCUCUUCUGCCAGUUCUUCCACUCUGACUACAGCUGAAGCCACAACCACUACUCAACAGACAACAACCUCCCAGACCACAGAAAGUCAGGGGACAAGCAGCAUACCAACACCAACAGCAUCUUCUGCCAGCUCCUCUACUCUGACAACAGGUGAAUCCACAACCACUACUCAAGAGUCAACAACCUCCCACACCACAGACACUCCGGGGACAACCACCACACCAACACCAACAGCAUCUUCUGCCAGCUCCUCCACUCUGGCUACAGCUGAAUCCACAACCUCUACUCAAGACACAACAACCUCCCAGACCACAGACACUCCGGGGACAACCACCACACCAACACCAACAGCAUCUUCUGCCAGCUCCUCCACUCUGACUACAGCUGAAUCCAAAACCCCUACUCAACAGACAACAACCUCCCAGACCACAGAACAUGAGGGGACAAGCACCACACCAACACCAACAGCCUCUUCUGCCAGCUCCUCCACUCUGACUACAGCUGAAUCCACAACCUCUACUCAACAGACAACAACCUCCCAGACCAUAGAAAGUCAGGGGACAACCACCACACCAACACCCACAACAUCCUCUGCCAGCUCCUCCACUCUGACAACAGCUGAAUCCACAACCUCUACUCAACAGACCACAACCUCCCAGACCACAGAAACUGAGGGGACAACCACCACAUCAACACCAACAGCCUCCUCUGCCAGCUCUUCCACUCUGACUACAGCUGAAUCCACAACCUCAACUCAAGAGACAACAACCUCCCAGACCACAGAAACUGAGGGGACAACCACCACAUCAACACCAACAGCCUCCUCUGCCAGCUCUUCCACUCUGACUACAGCUGAAUCCACAACCUCAACUCAAGAGACAACAACCUCUCAGACCACAGAAACUGAGGGGACAACCACCACACCAACACCAACAGCCUCUUCUGCCAGCUCCUCCACUCUAACUACAGCUGAAGCCACAACCACUACUCAACAGACAACAACCUCCCAGACCACAGAAAGUCAGGGGACAAGCAGCACACCAACACCAACAGCAUCUUCUGCCAGCUCCUCUACUCUGACAACAGGUGAAUCCACAACCACUACUCAAGAGUCAACAACCUCCCACACCACAGAAACUCCGGGGACAACCACCACACCAACACCAACAGCCACUUCUGCCAGGUCCUCCGCUCUGACUACAGCUGAAUCCACAACCUCUAUUCAACAGACAACAACCUCCCAAACCACUGAAAGUCAGGGGACAACCACCACACCAACACCCACUACGUCCUCUGCCAGCUCCUCCACUCUGACAACAGCUGAAUCCACAACCUCUACUCAACAGACCACAACCUCCCAGACCACAGAAACUGAGGGGACAACCACCACACCAACACCAACAGCCUCUUCCGCCAGCUAUUCCACUCUGACAACAGCUGAAUCCACAACCCCUAUUCAACAGGCAACCUCCCAGACCAUAGAAAGUCAGGGGACAACCACCACACCAACACCAACAGCCUCUUCUGCCAGCUCCUCCACUCUGACUACAGCUGAAUCCACAACCUCAACUCAACAGACCACAACCUCCCAGACCACAGACACUGAGGGGACAACCACCACACCAACACCAACAGCAUCUUCUGCCAGCUCCUCCACUCUGACUACAGCUGAAUCCACAACCUCAACUCAAGAGACAACAACCUCUCAGACCACAGACACUGAGGGGACAACCACCACAGCAACACCAACAGCCUCUUCUGCCAGCUCCUCCAUUCUAACUAUAGCUGAAGCCACAACCACUACUCAACAGACAACAACCUCCCAAACCACUGAAAGUCAGGGGACAACCACCACACCAACACCCACAACGUCCUCUGCCAGCUCCUCCACUCUGACAACAGCUGAAUCCACAACCUCUACUCAACAGACCACAACCUCCCAGACCACAGAAACUGAGGGGACAACCACCACACCAACACCAACAGCCUCUUCCGCCAACUCUUCCACUCUGACAACAGCUGAAUCCACAACCCCUAUUCAACAGACAACCUCCCAGACCACAGAAACUCAGGGGACAACCACCACACCAACACCCACAACCUCCUCUGCCAGCUCCUCCACUCUGACAAUAACUGAGUCAACAGAGUCUACUCAACAGACCACAACCUCCCAGACCACAGAAAAUGAGGGGACAACCACCACACCAACACCAACAGCCUCUUCUGCCAGCUCUUCCACUCUGACUACAGCUGAAUCCAAAACCCCUACUCAACAGACAGCAACCUCACAGACCACAGAAAAUGAGGGGACAAGCACCACACCAACACCAACAGCCUCUUCUGCCAGCUCCUCCACUCUGACUACAGCUGAAUCCACAACCUCUACUCAACAGACAACAACCUCCCUGACCACAGAAAAUCAGGGGACAACCACCACACCAACACCCACAACGUCCUCUGCCAGCUCCUCCACUCUGACAACAGCUGAAUCCACAACCUCUACUCAACAGACCACAACCUCUCAGACCACAGAAACUGAGGGGACAACCACCACAUUAGCACCAACAGCCUCCUCUGCCAGCUCCUCCACUCUGACAACAGCUGAAUCCACAACCUCUACUCAACAGACCACAACCUCCCAGACCACAGAAACUGAGGGGACAACCACCACAUUAGCACCAACAGCCUCCUCUGCCAGCUCCUCCACUCUGACUACAGGUGAAUCCACAACCUCAACUCAAGAGACAACAACCUCUCAGACCACAGACACUGAGGGGACAACCACCACACCAACACCAACAGCCUCUUCUGCCAGCUCCUCCACUCUAACUACAACUGAAGCCACAGCCACUACUCAACAGACAACAACCUCCCAGACCACAGAAAGUCAGGGGACAAGAAGCACACCAACACCAACAGCAUCUUCUGCCAGCUCCUCUACUCUGACAACAGCUGAAUCCACAACCACUACUCAAGAGUCAACAACCUCCCACACCACAGAAACUCAGGGGACAACCAUCACACCAACACCCACAACCUCCUCUGCCAGCUCCUCCACUCUGACAAUAACUGAGUCAACAGAGUCUACUCAACAGACCACAACCUCCCAGACCACAGAAAAUGAGGGGACAACCACCACACCAACACCAACAGCCUCUUCUGCCAGCUCUUCCACUCUGACUACAGCUGAAUCCAAAACCCCUACUCAACAGACAGCAACCUCACAGACCACAGAAAAUGAGGGGACAAGCACCACACCAACACCAACAGCCUCUUCUGCCAGCUCCUCCACUCUGACUACAGCUGAAUCCACAACCUCUACUCAACAGACAACAACCUCCCUGACCACAGAAAAUCAGGGGACAACCACCACACCAACACCCACAACGUCCUCUGCCAGCUCCUCCACUCUGACAACAGCUGAAUCCACAACCUCUACUCAACAGACCACAACCUCCCAGACCACAGAAACUGAGGGGACAACCACCACAUUAGCACCAACAGCCUCCUCUGCCAGCUCCUCCACUCUGACUACAGGUGAAUCCACAACCUCAACUCAAGAGACAACAACCUCUCAGACCACAGACACUGAGGGGACAACCACCACACCAACACCAACAGGCUCUUCUGCCAGCUCCUCCACUCUGACAACAGCUGAAUCCACAACCUCUACUCAACAGACCACAACCUCCCAGACCACAGAAACUGAGGGGACAACCACCACAUUAGCACCAACAGCCUCCUCUGCCAGCUCCUCCACUCUGACUACAGGUGAAUCCACAACCUCAACUCAAGAGACAACAACCUCUCAGACCACAGACACUGAGGGGACAACCACCACACCAACACCAACAGCAUCUUCUGCCAGCUCCUCCACUCUGACAACAGCUGAAUCCACAACCUCUACUCAACAGACCACAACCUCUCAGACCACAGAAACUGAGGGGACAACCACCACAUUAGCACCAACAGCCUCCUCUGCCAGCUCCUCCACUCUGACAACAGCUGAAUCCACAACCUCUACUCAACAGACCACAACCUCCCAGACCACAGAAACUGAGGGGACAACCACCACAUUAGCACCAACAGCCUCCUCUGCCAGCUCCUCCACUCUGACUACAGGUGAAUCCACAACCUCAACUCAAGAGACAACAACCUCUCAGACCACAGACACUGAGGGGACAACCACCACACCAACACCAACAGCCUCUUCUGCCAGCUCCUCCACUCUAACUACAACUGAAGCCACAGCCACUACUCAACAGACAACAACCUCCCAGACCACAGAAACUGAAUCCAAAACCCCUACUCAACAGACAGCAACCUCACAGACCACAGAAAAUGAGGGGACAAGCACCACACCAACACCAACAGCCUCUUCUGCCAGCUCCUCCACUCUGACUACAGCUGAAUCCACAACCUCUACUCAACAGACAACAACCUCCCUGACCACAGAAAAUCAGGGGACAACCACCACACCAACACCCACAACGUCCUCUGCCAGCUCCUCCACUCUGACAACAGCUGAAUCCACAACCUCUACUCAACAGACCACAACCUCCCAGACCACAGAAACUGAGGGGACAACCACCACAUUAGCACCAACAGCCUCCUCUGCCAGCUCCUCCACUCUGACUACAGGUGAAUCCACAACCUCAACUCAAGAGACAACAACCUCUCAGACCACAGACACUGAGGGGACAACCACCACACCAACACCAACAGGCUCUUCUGCCAGCUCCUCCACUCUGACUACAGCUGAAGCCACAACCUCUAUUCAACAGACAACAACCUCCCAGACCACAGAAAGUCAGGGGACAGGCACCACACCAACACCAACAGCAUCUUCUGCCAGCUCCUCAACUCUGACUACAGCUGAAUCCACAACCUCUACUCAACAGACAACAACCUCCCUGACCACAGAAAAUCAGGGGACAACCACCACACUAACACCCACAACCUCCUCUGCCAGCUCCUCCACUCUGACAACUGAGUCCACAAAGUCUACUCAACAGACCACAACCUCCAAGACCACGGAAACUGAGGGGACAACUACCACAUCAACACCAACAGCCUCCUCUCCCAGCUCCUCCACUCUGACUACAGCUGAAUCCACAACCCCUACUCAACAGAUAACAACCUCCCAGACCACAGACACUGAGGGGACAACCACCACACCAACACCAACAGCAUCUUCUGCCACCUCCUCCACUCUGACUGCAGCUGAAUCCACAACCACUACUCAAGAGCCAACAACCUCCGACACCACAGAAUCUCAGGGGACAAGCACCACACCAACACCAACAGGCUCGUCUACCAGCUCCUUCACUCUGACUACAGCUGAAUCCACAACCCCUACUCAACAGACAACAACCACCCAGAACACAGAGAGUCAGGGGAUGAGCACCACACCAACACCAACAGCAUCUUCUGCCAGCUCCUCUACUCUGACUACAGCUGAAUCCACAACCCCUACUCAACAGACCACAACCUCCCAGACCACAGACACUGAGGGGACAACCACCACACCAACACCAACAGCAUCUUCUGCCAGCUCCUCCACUCUGACAACAGCUGAAUCCACAACCACUACUCAAGAGUCAACAACCUCCCACACCACAGAAACUCAGGUGACAAGCACCACACCAACAACAACAGGCUCUUCUGCCAGCUCCUCCACUCUGAUAACAGCUGAAUCCACAACAUCAACUCAAGAGACAACAACCUCCCAGACCACAGACACUGAGGGGACAACCACCACACCAACACCAACAGCAUCUUCUGCCACCUCCUCCACUCUGACUGCAGCUGAAUCCACAACCACUACUCAAGAGCCAACAACCUCCGACACCACAGAAUCUCAGGGGACAAGCACCACACCAACACCAACAGGCUCUUCUACCAGCUCCUUCACUCUGACUACAGCUGAAUCCACAACCCCUACUCAACAGACAACAACCACCCAGAACACAGAGAGUCAGGGGAUGAGCACCACACCAACACCAACAGCAUCUUCUGCCAGCUCCUCUACUCUGACUACAGCUGAAUCCACAACCCCUACUCAACAGAGCACAACCUCCCAGACCACAGACACUGAGGGGACAACCACCACAGCAACACCAACAGCCUCUUCUGCCAGCUCCUCCACUCUGACAACAGCUGAAUCCACAACCACUACUCAAGAGUCAACAACCUCCCACACCACAGAAACUCAGGUGACAAGCACCACACCAACAACAACAGGCUCUUCUGCCAGCUCCUCCACUCUGAUAACAGCUGAAUCCACAACAUCAACUCAAGAGACAACAACCUCCCAGACCACAGACACUGAGGGGACAACCACCACACCAACACCCACAACGUCCUCUGCCAGCUCCUCCACUCUGACAACAGCUGAAUCCACAACCCCUACUCAAUCAUCAACAACCUCCCAAACCACAGAAACUCAGGGUACAACCACCACACCAACACCAACAGCAUCUUCUGCCAACUCCUCCACUCUGACAACAGCUGAAUCCACAACCACUACUCAACCAUCAACAACCUCCCACACCACAGAAACUCAGGGGACAAGCACCACACCAACACCAACAGCCUCUUCUGCCAGCUCCUCCACUCUAACAACAGCUGAAUCCACAACCUCUCCUCAACAGACAACAACCUCCCAGACUACAGAAAUUGGGGGGAAAACCAGCACACCAACACCAACAGCCUCUUCUGGCAGCUCCUCCACUCUGACAACAGCUGAAUCCACAACCCCUACUCAACAGACAACAACCUUCCAGACCACAGAAAGUCAGGGGACAAGUACCAUACUAACACCAACAGCUUCUUCUGCCAGCUCUUCCACUCCAGCAACAGCUGAAUCUACAACCUCUACUCAACAGACCACAACCUCCCAGACCACAGAAAAUGAGGGGACAACCACCACACCAACACCAACAACCUCCUCUGCCAGCUCCUCCACUCUGACAACAGCUGAAUCCACAACCUCUACUCAACCAUCAACAACCUCCCAAACCACAGAAACUGAGGGGAAAACCACCACAUCAACACCAACAGCAUCUUCUGCCAGCUCCUCCACUCUGACUACAGCUGAAUCUACAACCUCUACUCAACAGACCACAAGAACCUCCCAGACCACAGAAACUGAAGGGACAACCACCACAUCAACACCAACGGCCUCCUCUGCCAUCUCCUCCACUCUGACUACAGCUCAAUUCACAACUCCGACUCAAAAGACCACAGCCUCCCAGACCACAGAAACUCAGGGGACAACCAUCAUAUCAACACCAUCACCCUCCUCUGCCAGCUCCUCCACUCUGACUACAGCUGAAUCCAAAACCCCUACUCAACAGACAACAACCUCUCAGAACACAGAAAGUCAGGGGACAAGCACCACACCAACAGCAACAGCCUUUUCUGUCAGCUUGUCCUCUCUGACAACAGCUGAAUCCACAACCUCUAUUCAACAGACAACAUCCUCCCAGACCACAGACACUGAGGGGACAAUCACCACAGCAACACCAACAGCCUCCUCUGCCAGCUCCUCCACUCUGACUACAGCUGAAUCCACAACCCCUACUCAAGGGACCACAACCUCCCAGACCACAGAAACUGAGGGGACAAUCACCACAUCAACACCAACAGCUUCCUCUGCCAGAUACUCUACUUUGACUACAGGUGAAUCCACAACCCCAACUCAACAGACAACAACCUCCCACACCACAGACACCCAGGGGACAACCACCACACCAACAGCCUCCCCUGUCAGCUCCUUCACUCUGACAACAGCUGAAUCCACAACCCCUACUCAACAGACAACAACCUCCCAGACCACAGGAACUCAGGGGACAACAGGCACACCCAUGCCAACAGACUCCUCUGCCAGCUCCUCCACUCUGACAACAGUUGAAUCCACAACCAGUACUCUUGGGAUCACAACUAUAUCGCCAUCCAGGAGCACAGAUUCAAGUAUUCCCACCACUCUUGUGUCUGGUUCCUCUACUCCCGGGAGUACUUCUCUAGAACCAUCUACUUCAGUUUUCAUCACAAAUGUUGCUUCUUCUUUCAGUCCAAGCUCCAUAACUGUGACAGCAGGAGCUUCACACACUAGCCUCACACCCACAGAAAGAACCACCCUUCCCCAGACGGGAAGCACAAAUACAACCCUCAAUGAGACCAUUGUUCCUAUAACAGUCCCUUCCCUGGAUCAUGAGCCAGUUAGCAGCACAUCUUUACCCACCACUCAAAGCCACGUACCUGCAUACAGUACUACUCCCUCAACUCAUUCUGGUUCCACCACUCUGGUGACUCCCUUUGUGAGUUCUGCAGCACCCCCAGGCAGCACACCUCACACCACACCUGUUGCAUCAGCACCAUCCUUGUCCCAGUCAUCAACCAAGACAACAGCAUUGACCUCCUCAGGACCUACCAGUGGUAUUCCACUCUUCCCCUACCAACAGGACCAAAGAUAUGUCCGUCUGAGUGUGGACUUUACCGUAGGAGUCUUCAGGCCUCAGAUUGGAUUCCCCUUUGGUUCAAAGCUCCGGGAUUUCCUCUAUUUUACAGACAAUGGCCAGAUCAUCUUCCCGACCUCAGAAUUCGACAUUUUCUCCUACCCAAACCCACCUCCCAGGGGCUUUACAGCCAACGACAAUUUGGCUAUAGUGGCUGCAUUUUGGGAUGAUGCUGAUUUUUCCAGUGGUCGAGGAGAAAUAUUUUACCAGGAAUAUAACACACUCUACGGGGAAAAAAACAGCUUCCUGAAAGAAGUGGAAUCUCAGAUUCUAAAAUCUACUGGGAAACAGUAUGAGGCCAGAUGGACCCUGAAGAUCACAUGGGUUAAAGCCCCUCCAUACCCAGCCCGAAGAAUAUCUGGGGACAACACCUUCCAGGCCAUCCUCACAACUGAUGGGAGCCGCUCUUUUGCCCUGAUCCUUUACCAGAAUGGUGGCAUGCAGUGGGCUGUGCCCCCACGCCCAGCAGCUAAUGCUCUCAUAGGCUUCUCCAGUGGAGAUGGAUUUUUCUUCAAUGAUCCACUGACCUCAAGGCCCCCAGAGGAGAAAUAUCGGCCAGAUCAGGUCAAAGGUUCUAACACAGGCCUCAGGGGUUUUCAGAUAUACCAGUUACGAAAAGAGCAGGAAAUACAACCAAACUAUCGCUUGAAGUGUCUACAAUGGCUGAAACAGAACUCAAGGAGUGGAUGGAACUGGAACCUCUUUUGUCCUUGCUCCUGGCAGCAGGGCCUAUGGGACCUGCGAUUUCAGCCAAUUAGACCAGGUUGGACCAACAGAAGGCAGCUCUGCAGCUUUUCCUCCUGGCGAGGGAGCAUCUGCUGUGUAUAUGGUGCCUGGGGAGAGCUUCGUGAUGGCUGGAGUGUCCAGAACCCUUGGGACCUUGACCAAGAAGAGGAGGCUCAAAACUGGUGCUGCCGGAGGAAUGACAAGCCGUUCUUGUGUUACCUGUACCAGCAGAAGAGGCCUCCUGUCAGCUGCAUAGGGUAUCGGCCCCCCCGACCUGCCUGGAUGUUUGGAGAUCCCCAUAUCACCACCCUGGAUGGCGCCAACUACACCUUCAAUGGACUGGGAGACUUUCAGCUGGUUCAGGCCAAGGACGGAAACUCCUCUUUCCUGCUCCACGGGCGGACAGCCAAGAUGGAGACGGCCCAAGCAACCAAAUUCGUUGCCUUUGCUGCUCACUACCAGUCCAACCUCAUAAACAACACAAUUCAUUGGUUUCUUAAACCUAAUAAUACUGUCCAGGUUCAACUCAAUGAUAAGAAUGUGACUUUUACCACCCAUAGCGACUUUCCAGAAGAUGUGAAGAUACACAAUUCUUCUGGAAUUUUCUUGAUUCAAAAUGGAUCUUUGAUCUCCGCCAGCUUCGAUGGGAUUGCGGUGGUGUCUGUGCAGGCAGUGGUCGACAUUCUUCAGGCUGUUACCAGCCUGCCAGAAGAAUAUCAAAACCACACUGAGGGCCUUCUGGGGGUCUGGAAUAACAAUAUCUAUGAUGACUUCAAGCUGCCCGAUGGCUCCUCCAUUCCCUAUAACAGCUCUGAAGAGGAGCUUUUUCACUAUGGAAUGACCUGGAAUGUCAGCGGAAAGAGCCUCUUUGCCGACGGACAUGAUAACCUGAGCAGCAACUUCACUCCCAUCUUUCUGCAUGAAUUGAUAAAAAAUAAGACCCUCAAUAAAGAUUGGGCUUUCCCAUGUAACAAUAGCGAACAAUGUCUUUAUGAUGCCCUGGCCACAGGGGAUCUCAGUAUCGGGAAGGCCACCAGCAUGGUCUACAGAAACUUCUGGAGCAUGAAUGUCACCCUCAACCAGUUCCCACCCUUCCUUUUUGGUGACACCUUGAUCCGUGCCUACAUGGGGAAGACCCAGAGAGCGGUAUAUCGAAGCAAUGACCCAGGAGCCAUCUUUAACCUUGGCGAAAACUCUUCUGACAUCAUCCUCAUGGGAAAUGGAACAUUGCUGUGGACUCCAAAAUCCUUCAACCCUUUUAACCUUGAACUCCUGGUAAGGAACGUGGAAGGCUUGUCUUCUGCUCUGCAGCUAGAGGCUGUGCUCUGCAACUGCUCAAAUGAGAACCAGUGUAACUACAAUGACAGCAGCAGGCUGAACAACUCGUCCCUUCAGGUGGCGGCUUGUAAAUGUAACCAGGGAACCUUUGGCUUUUUCUGUGAACGCCAGCUUGACCGCUGUGUUGAGCACUGUUACCCUGGGGUCCACUGCGAUCCUAUAAAGGGAUGUGACCCUUGCCCUGAUAACAUGACAGGAGAUGGGAGGCAUUGUGCAAGCUGUGAUAUCUUAGAGUGCCCCAGGAGCCAUUGCUUCAAUGAUGGAAAGUGCUUUGUCUCUCCGUCUUGCCAACUCACCUGUGUCUGCCACCCAGCUUUUGUUGAUGACCGGUGCUCCGUAGCUGGGAACUCCUUUACACCCACCAUUGUAACAGACAUUCCUCUGAGAAUCAUCGAGCUCUUCCUCAGAGAACGUGAAAUGGCUACCCUAGAAGACGUCAAUGCCACGGUCACUCGAAAGCUGGAGUUCCUAGAAGGUCGGGCUUUUCUGAAGAACAGCCAGAUUACAAAAAUCAAUACCUCGAGUCCAGUUCAGGAGUGGAAAGUGACUGCAGAGUUCCAGUACCUCCCUGGGGGCUCUGUGAUUGACUUCCUGAACAAGAGGCUGGUGGAAGCAGUCCAAGAGAGCUUCUGGAAAUGGGAUGCACCCUCAGGGAUUUCAAAUCCACGGGAAAAUGUGUCCUUUCUUCCUAUUACGAAGAAAGAUAUCAUCAGUGUACAAUUACUUGAGGUGGAUGACCUGAAGAAAUACUUCAGCUGCAACGGCACUUACCCUGGUUACCGCCUUGUUUACAAUGACAAAACUGGCUUCUCCUGUGUGUCCCCCUGUGCUGAGGGCUACUGUAAGCAUGGAGGCCUGUGUCAACACCUGCUUAAUGGGCCAAAAUGCAGCUGUGGAUCCUAUUCCAUCUACUCCCCAUCAGGUGAACGCUGUGAGCAUUUGGGCAUACGCCUGGGUGCCUUCUUUGGAAUCCUGUUUGGAGCACUGGGUGCCCUCCUUCUGUUGGGUGUUGGAACCUUCCUCAUUCUUCAAUACUACCGAAACACAGAAAGUUUGUACGUCAUCAGUGAUUCUGAGAGGUGA